AUGAAGCAGACUUUCUCUCUCGCCCUGGCGGCGCUUUCUUCUAUUGCUUAUGCACUUCCAGCGACACAGGUCAAGAGAGCCGACGAUGGUCCUGUCGGUUACGCUUCGCAGAACGGCGGCACCACUGGUGGUGCCGGCGGCACAACUACCACCGUCUCCUCGCUCGCUCAGUUCACCAAGGCCGUCACUGCAGACGAGGCCACCGUCGUCUACGUCAAGGGCACCAUCAAGGGCUCUGCGCAGACCAAGGUCUCCAGCGACACUUCCAUCCUAGGUCUCGACUCCAGCUCUGGCCUUGAGGGCAUCUCCCUCUACAUCAAGGAUGUCAGCAACGUUAUUGUCCGCAACUUGGCCAUCUCGAAGGUUCUGGCCGACAAUGGUGAUGCCAUCGGUAUUCAGAAGGCUACCAAUGUGUGGAUUGACCACAUGGAUCUAUCUUCCGAUAUGGACAAUGGCAAGGACUACUACGACGGUCUCUGCGACGUCACCCACGCCUCCGACUGGGUCACGAUCUCCAACACCUACUUCCACGACCACUACAAGGUCUCCCUCGUCGGCCAUUCCGACUCCAACGCCGACGAAGACACUGGUCACUUGACAGUAACCUACGCCAACAACUACUGGUCCAACACCAACUCCCGUAUCCCCUCCAUCCGCUUCGGCACCGCCCACAUUUUCAACUCCUACUACGACUCCGCCGACACAGGUGUAAACACCCGCAUGGGCGCCGAAGUCCUCGUCGAGAGCACCGUCUUCACUGGCGUCAAGUACCCCGUCUGCAGCAGGGACAGUGAUGAGACGGGCUCGGCUGUGACAAAGGAUGUGGACUUUGGCAGUGGCGAGAACACCGCUCCCAAGGGAAGCUUGACGAGCAUGCCGUACAAAUACACGCUGCUGGGCAGUGCGAAGGUUAAGGCUGCGGUUGUGGGGACUGCUGGUAACACUUUGACGUUGGGUUGA